AUGACUCUGGAGUCCAUGAUGGCCUGUUGCAUGAGUGAAGAAGCGAAGGAGUCCAAAAGAAUCAACGCCGAGAUCGACAAACAGCUCCGGAGAGACAAGCGAGAUGCCAGGCGGGAGCUCAAACUCCUCUUGCUGGGCGAGAGCGGCAAGAGUACGUUCAUCAAACAGAUGCGCAUCAUUCACGGGACGGGCUACACCGACGAGGACAAGCGCGGUUACACCAAACUCGUCUACCAGAACAUCUUCACCUCCAUGCAGGCAAUGAUCCGCGCCACCGAGCACCUCAAGAUCCCAUUCAGAUUCGAAGACAACAAGAAAAACGCUCUGCUGGUGCGAGAGGUCGAUGUCGAGAAGGUUUGCUCUUUUGAACAGCCCUAUGUUGCUGCAAUUAAUAAGCUCUGGAUGGAUCCGGGCAUCCAGGAAGCAUACGACCGCAGGCGAGAGUACCAGCUCUCUGACUCCACUAAAUACUACCUUAACGAUUUAGAGCGUAUAUCAUCUCGGGGAUACAUGCCCACCCAGCAGGAUGUACUGAGGGUCCGAGUGCCCACAACUGGCAUCAUAGAGUAUCCCUUUGAUCUGGAGAAUAUAAUCUUCAGCUAUCUAAGUGAUUUGGAGCGUAUCUCAGACCCGUCGUAUCUGCCGACUCAGCAAGACGUGCUUAGGGUUCGCAUCCCUACCACAGGGAUUAUCGAAUAUCCCUUCGACUUGCAAAGCAUCAUUUUCAGGAUGGUGGACGUCGGAGGCCAGAGAUCAGAGCGCAGGAAGUGGAUUCACUGCUUUGAGAACGUCACAUCUAUCAUGUUCCUGGUUGCCUUGAGCGAAUACGACCAGGUCCUUGUGGAAUCUGACAACGAGAAUCGCAUGGAGGAAAGCAAAGCGCUGUUUCGCACAAUCAUCACCUACCCCUGGUUCCAGAACUCCUCCGUCAUUCUGUUCCUCAACAAGAAGGACCUUCUAGAGGAGAAGAUCCUGUGCUCUCACCUGGUGGACUAUUUCCCUGAAUUUGAUGGUCCACAAAAUGACGCCCAGUCGGCCCGAGAGUUCAUCCUGAAGAUGUUCGUGGACCUGAACCCGGACAGCGACAAGAUCAUCUACUCGCACUUCACCUGUGCCACAGACACCGAAAACAUCCGCUUCGUCUUCGCAGCGGUCAAGGACACCAUCCUGCAGCACAACCUAAAAGAGUACAACCUAGUGUGA